CGCCGGAUUUGCCCGCCGAUCCCGCUUGAUCUUCCUGGACUUGCCGUCAGUCCUAACUGAGUGAGGGAGCCUGGUGCGUUUUCGAGGUUAGUGGUAUCGUGGCCGAUACUAUGUUGCUCAUUUAGCGUAAGCGUGCAUUUGGCCCCAGUGGCGAGAACAAUGCACUUUCAAGCGAACGUCCCGCCUCAAGCGUUACCUCGAGCUGCCACCUGAUUGGUAUUCUGAGACCGCAAUAAAAUGCGCAAUGUUGCUGUUGGUAGUACUCCUGAACAUCGCCACAAUGCAUAGCAGUACGAAGGCCAUCAGUUAGUGGUGAUAGGAGUAAGGUCCAUCAUUACGGUGACAAGGUCGGCGAGUGAAAUCCAUCUGGCUGUGAAGAUCGUCAGAAGGCAGCCACAGAUGUGAGGACAUGGCAAGUCGUCGCUUAUGGCUGCUUCUCGUAGCUCUUCGGUGUCUCCGGAUGGAGCAGAUAGAACGCUUGGAACGUUCUGCGGAUGGACAAUGCAGAUCCGAUGAACUCAAAUAUUUGCGCAAUGGCAUCGCGGGGCAGAUCGUCGGCGCUGGCAUGCCGCUGCGCUGUACCAAGAGUCACCAGGAGCCGGCUUCCGUUACAAAGGGGGAAGUAUUAACGAUGUUGGCCCCAAAAGCGCAGCCCUGGCGUUGCAUACAUAUGGUCUAACAGCCGCACCCAAGCUCCUGUGGCGAACACGAAGUUGGCCAAGGGUUUGAGGCCAGCUAUACCACGACAGGCAACGGCAGGCGAUGCAAGUCAAUAGGGUUGCGAAAUCGUAGGGCUGCAUGUCGAGUGCGUAUUGGGGCCGCAUGUUCCGGGUUCAUGGUCUUUCGACGG